AUGUCUUCAAACAAUAAUCGUUAAUUGUAGGCAAGACCCAAUAGAAAAACUGAGCAAUCUUUUGAUUUCUUCAAAAACACAAAAGUCUCCACUUGUAGUUAUAUCAAAAGAAAAGGAGAUGAUUUCAUUGCAAUUCCAUUCUACUUUAAACCAAAUUAAAGAAAUCUAGAUUACUUAAAUAAAUCCAUGUAUUCCACAUCAACCAACCAAGAUGCUUAUAACAAUAAAAGAAGAUGUUUUUCAAGCAUGAGGAACAAACCAUUAUCUCCAUACAAUCCUUUAGCUCAUAGGAGCAGAUUAGUAGAUCAGAGUUUAAGGAUCUCGCAAAGCAACGUUUGCCAAGUAGAAAUAGGAGAUAGAAAUUAGAAAAUGAUUAAGCAUUACGUAACCUAGUAUCAGAAUCAAUUGGGAAAUUUCGGAGAUACCACCCCUUGUUCAAAUCCGUAGAUUUUGGCUGAGAGGGCCAAAUGGAAUCACAAACUCAAGAACAAAUGACUUCAUAUUAUAUUUAGCUACUAUAUACACCUGGGAAUCUCAUUA